AAAGACUACGCAUCAGUAAACCAGCGAGUCCCUGGUAUUGUAGCCAUGACUAUUGUAAUCAAGCGCAAUCUUGUUAUCGCACUGUAUUACUAUUCUCCGCUAGCAGCGAAAUACUUCUUGAAGACCAAACGGCACAAAUCAGCACAACUAUUCGACGUCGCUGAACUGCCCUUCACCCUAACGCAUUCCAACCUCCCCCUCUGAGUCUGGGUUCAUAUGAACCUGUGCUGCUUCAUUUUGUGCUGGUUUAAUUCAAAUUUACGAAGAUUUUUGUGAUGUCUACGAUAUAUGGCUUUGAAUACCCUUGAUAAUCAUUUGUUCAGCGGCUAACUGAUGUUUUCUUUACCUGAUCAACUUGAAGGGCACUGGAUUUCUGAGGGCCGAACGGUUGUCGUCUCAAAUGAUCCCAGUUGGUGGCCCCAGAUCAAUUUGAAUAUCAUUUCCAGCUAUUGGAUGUUUGCUGCCUGCGUUGUGGUAGUAUACGAUUGGGUCUUAACACUCGGACAGGAGAUUGAACUCAUCUGGAGACAACGCUGGUCUCUCAUGACCGUGCUGUAUUUGAUUGUUCAUACGCUAUAUUGGAAUACCGUAUUCUGUUGUUACUCUUCUGGAAUAUAUGCCAUCGGUAUCGCUGACAGAUGCAGCACUAUCACGUACUCCGCAUUAUGUUGGACAAAUGAGGUCGUGACCGGAAUGGUAGGCGUCAUCAUGGUUGCUCGGUUGCAUGCCAUGUAUCAGGGAUCUAGAAAGAUGCUUAUCUUCCUUGUUAUUAUGUUCCUGGUUGUGAACAUCGCCUGCGGAGUGAUCUUGGUGAUAAUACUAAAGCAUACUGUAGGGGAGGAGUUGAUACUCUCUGGCACGUAUGUGUGCAAUUAUGGAAUGAGUGGGGAUGAGCAGCUUCUGUAUUCAAUGAUUUGGAUGCUCAACACUGUUUGGGAGGUCCUCGCACUCUGCCUUUCAGUAUGGAUUGCUGUGAAACAUUUCCGUAACCUGCGACGACUCGGCCGAUCGACAGGAUCGACCAUCGGGGAUUGUUUCAGAGUCCUGAUACAAUUUCACGUUCUCUAUUUUGCAAGCUUUUUCUUUUCUCUUCUGUUUGUUUAUAUCUCUCCAGAAACCUCGAAUCUGAAUGUUUCGAUACUCAGUGGUGAUGUUCCAGUUUUAUUGGUCGUGCAGUUGUUUGUGCUGGGACCACGCCUCAUCCUGAGCGUUCGAGAAUACCACGCCAAACUUACGGCAGACUCCAACACAGAAACUAGCAGGAGUUCGAUUGCCUUCCAGGAGCGUGUACAUGUAUCGACUAGUAGUACUGUGUAG